ACGGAGCCAUAUGAGGUGAACUCGCUGCACGCGCGGUCACAUUAGAAAUAUUGGGCUGCCCAGAUUAACGCUACAUCAUCCAAUAAUGAUAACCGUUGGUUAACCAGCUAGUUAGCUCAUAGUUUGUCCUAUCACUCUGUUGGAGGGUUGGUGCGUCAGCAUUGUACCUAUCUUUACCGAUGCGACUGAACGAUGGUUUCAUUGUUCGCCAUAAUGUCGGGGCCGUUCCGUUAUUUUUAGCUAGCAUCGCCUGCUAGCUGAGCGCGUGCAGCGUGAAAAAUCCGUCCGUAGUGUGAAUUAAAGAGGGAUGGAGCAGUGGCAGGACGCGGCCUCUCAGCAGCUCCGGUUGCUCACCGGUCGCCUGAACGGACUGCUGACCAAAGGCCUGCAGUGGCUCCAUUCCGAAUUCGGUGUGGAUCUGGGGCUGAAGCCUGAGCUAAUUCCGCCAUGGAUAAUCCUCCUUGCGGCGUGCAGCGGGCUGCUGCUGAUCAUCGCCCUGUGGGCCUCGCUCUGUCGGACUAUAUUCAGGAAGCGCCCCGCUUCCAGUACUCUGGACGAUGGUGUUGAAGGAAAACCGGGAGCCAACAAGCCGCUAAAGGCAGAAGAACCGAAGAAAAAGAAGAAGAAGGCGGAAAAGAAAGCCCAGCCGAAUGGGAGAGCGGUGGCUGAAGCACAGGAAGGAGCCACAGCGUGUGAGGAGAGAGUGCCACAUCAGCAGCCACCCCCACCACCAAAGACUGACAAGAUUGCAGAGACGAAGAAGUCCAAAAAGAAGGCCAAAGCACCCGUAAAGGAGAGCAAGGCAGCGACUGGAGAUGGGAAAGAACCGGAAGAAGUGUGUGUUUCAGGCACAUGGGAGACCAAGGUUAGCAACAAGGAGAAACGUGAGCAGCGCAAGAAAGAUAAGAACUCCAGCGAUGGCUCAGCAAGUCCUAGAGGAGGGGAGACACCUGUGAACGCUCCCCCCGACCAACCCAAGGUCUCCGCAGCGCCACCUGCCCCUGCCAACCAAAAGAAGAAAAAAGGAGAAUCUGCGAAAGUGAAGGCAGAGAAGGCGGACGCCGUCGCCUCUCAGGCCAACAGCGUCGUGGCUCCUGAGGUGGCGGCCGCUGCAACUGAUCUGGCGGUCAAGGCUGCACCACAGAAUGCGGCUCCAAAGACGAGCUCCUGGAGCUCCCAGAGGCAGCCGGCUUCACUCUGGAGAGCAGGUGUUGAUGAGUCCUGGUCUGUGCCCAUAAACUCAGCGGAGCUCAAUCUGGUGUCUCUUGGACUUCCUCAGCCUCAACCUGUGAGCGACCUGUCUUGGCUCAGUCUGCCCAAAGUGGACGACGAGUGGUCCGGACUCAAUGGUGGCUCAGCUGACCCCAGCUCUGAUUGGAACGCCCCCUCUGAAGCCUGGGGUAACUAUGAGGAGCCCACCCCAGAGCCCCCUCAGGCUCAGGAGCUGCCCCUCCCUGAGCCAGCCAGGGUUAAUCUGAUUGUAGCAGCUGAUGAUAAUGAAGAUGAUAAGGACAAGGGGGAUGCUGCUACUGAUGGAGCCGGUAAAACAAAAAAGAAGAAAAAGAAGAAGAAGAAGACUCCUGAGGAGGGAGGAGCACCUGCCCCGGUUGAGGAGCCGGUGAAGGAGGUGGCCCCUGCUGUCGCGGUGAAGAAGCAGCCACCUGUUCAGGAGAACGCUGCAGCCGUCCAGCCCGUCAAAGCAGCUGCUGUGGAGGCCAGAGCAGAUCGGCCAGUGAAGGACGUCCUACCCCAGAAACCCCCUGUCACACAAGUGCCACAGAAGCCAGUUGAUGGAGAACCUGCUGCCAAGCAGAGCAACCCUCCUGCUCCAACACAGCAAAAAAAACCCGAGGAGAGCCAAGUGCCCAAACCAGCGAAGAAGAAGAAGGCAAGGAGAGAGACAUGAGACGCCUCCGUAUGCAAGAGACUUCAUAUCCUGUUUAUGCAACACCUUCUUCGACAGGGAUUUGGAACGACGGUCACCGUUGACAGACUUUACCAGGAGGGGGGGGCGGGAAGACGCGUCUGAAGACAAAGCCGCUUUUAUACACAUCAUGUGCCAGUUGGUGGAUCCUUGGAAACUGAGAUUUAAUGCAGCGCAAUCUGUGAUGACGAUGAUUUCUACGUACGAGUUUGAUCUUCUGAUAAUCCUCUUAAUUCAUCUGAAUCAACUGAAGGAGCUCUAAUAUAGUCCUUAGACCUGUAGAAAAAAAAACUGAUUUAAAGUUUAGAAACUUGUUGUGGUGGAUGGCGAACGGUGUUUACUGUGUUUAGAGAAUAACGGUCAUGCAGCACCGGGCCGAAGGAUGAGCUGGCCUUCUUUUAACUCGCUCUGAUGUUGAUUUCUCAGACUAACGGUUGGAGCAGUACGUGGCGUGUAAGCUGUUGUGAUUUAAAUGAGCCCCGUCAGACACAGGAACGGGACGCUUGUUGGCUCUGCGUUUUUGGCUUUUUGGUUGUUUCUUUUUCCCCCCUGUGAUUCUGAAAAUGUCGUCACCUCUGCCCAUCGGUUCGUCUCGUCUGUUUGUGUGAAUGUUCUCUUGCUGGUUUUUUUUUUUUUCUUUUUAUACGGUCAGGCUGUUUUUCAGCUGCAGCCAUGUCAUUGCUGUCAUCAGCCUCUUGCUUUGGUUUUCCUCCUCUGCUUGAUUCAGACGUCCUCAGAAUCUUUUUGUAAAACUUGUUUGUAAUAAAAGAAAAGCUUAAGCCAUAUGUAAAAAGACUAAAUAAAGGCCAGUUUUUCUA